CGAAUGCAUUGUCAGUAUCUCCGUUGAUCGUUUUCUGAAACGUCGGUCCUUGUUGUUCGAAGUUUGAAUGUGCAUUCCGCCAUAGCCAAACCCUACACCCCCUUCAUCCCUUCCACUGAAUUCCCACCCCUGUUUGAAGUCUCCCGUCCGCGGUUUUUCUGGAACGUGUGAAUGAGCUAAGAGUACAGACCUACUGCAGGCCGCACUCUUCUUCUCGAGCAGCUGGUUGGGAUUUGUAAGUUUGUACGUAUGUUCGGAAGCGGGCACGGAUUGUUCUCGAGGUGUGGGAAGUAAUCGGCAUUGUACUAGAAGACAAUCGUGGCGGUUUUUACACUUACAUUGGACCUGGCGGCGUUUUUGUGAACAUUGUUUUCGAGAUUGGUUUGGAGUUUGGAGCUUUACUUUGGGUACAAUCUUCGUGUCCGAAGGUUUUGGGUUGUAGAUUUGCAGCUUAGGCGUGUUGAUUCCAUUUUUUUCUUUUUCUAACGAACGCUUCGCCUCGCAUGGUUUUGAGCGUGAGAUUUCGUAACUUGUACUCUCGAAAGCAUAAUCAUUCGACAUUUGGUUGAUGUCUCGGAGACAGCGUUUCUCAAGGUGUUAGUAUCUUGUGAAUAAUUUCGAGUGCUGAUCCUUCUUCUUUAUGUUUUUGGAAUCUCGGUGAAGUGGACAUUGAAGAGUGGCUGGGGCCUACUUCUUUACGCAGUUAGUUGAAGACAAAUCUGAGCUACAUUGUCGCCUCUCUUAGCUGCAUAACUGUUCUUCCAUUUUCCUGUGUUAGUUUUAGGGACACUCAAGAAGUGUAUUAUUAGUAAGCGCAAAAAUUUUCGUGUGGAGUUUCAAGGGGCACGGUCUUCGCAUGAGGACUUGGUUACGAAAAAUUCUAUUUGAACCAAGUACUUAUGUUUUGGUUACAUUUUCCUAAUCCUUUUGCGGCACAAUUCAUCACAUGUUUCGCAUUAGCCAUUUUGGAUUAAGUCCGACAUUUUGAAGUGGUCGAGCCUUUGCAAUGUGAAGAGGGAAUAAGCCAGGAAUAUAUGAAACCUGUUGGAACUUGCAUCUCGUUGUUUUGGGAAAUAAUCUUAGGCAUUCGUAUUUUGUGAAGACUGGGGAUCAGCAACCUUCCAGGUUUUUUAAACCUAGACAGCAAAGUGCGAAUUCGCAGAUAUUUUCGGUCCUCCUUCUAUGCAGACUGCAAGGACGUGCUUUACUCUCUGUUGUGCUUGAAGAAGUGGCUCCAAGCUAGAGCGAGGGCUUUUUUGAGCCUUCGGCGCAUCUCUUAUGAAUCAAUAUCACAUCUAUGAGGCGAUCGGACGAGGAAAACACUCGACUGUUUACAAAGGGAGGAAGAAAAAGACAAUCGAGUAUUAUGCUAUCAAAAGUGUGGAGAAGAGUCAAAAAACCAAGGUUCUGCAGGAGGUCCGAACCCUCCACUCACUUGACCACAACAACGUGCUCAAGUUUUACGCAUGGUAUGAAACGUCAGCGCAUCUAUGGCUUGUUUUAGAGUAUUGUGUCGGAGGCGAUCUCUUGACGUUACUUAGGCAGGAUACACGGUUGCCUGAGGAAUCUAUUCAUGAUUUUGCUCGUGAUUUAGUCCAAGCUCUACAGUUCUUACACUCCAAAGGAGUGAUUUACUGUGACUUGAAACCAUCAAAUGUGCUUCUGGAUGAAAAUGGCCGCCUCAAGCUUUGCGACUUCGGACUGGCGAGGCGACUUAGUGACAUUGCCAAGAGUUCUGUACAAGAGCUACCGCAAGCAAAGCGUGGGACUCCCUGCUACAUGGCGCCUGAACUUUUUCAAGAAGGAAGUGUACAUUCCUACGGUUCUGAUCUAUGGGCAUUAGGUUGUGUCAUGUAUGAAUGCUACGCUGGCCGACCUCCGUUUGUUUCCAGUAGUUUCACUCAACUGGUAAACUCAAUAAUUUCAGACCCUAUGCCUCCUUUGUGGGGAAACCCUAGCCACGAAUUUGAGGAUUUAGUGAGCCGUCUUCUGGUUAAGGAUCCAGUAGAGAGAAUACAAUGGGAUGAACUCAGGAAUCAUAGCUUUUGGAGAACAAAGUGCAAGGUACUUCCUUUACCACCCCAACCUGCUUUUGAAAACUUCUUACGACUUACUUCCAGAUCCUCAUCUCCUGAAGAGACUCCGCAGUUGUCAGGUAGAAGUACUCCUGUAGAAAAGAAGGCUUUAGAUGCCAAGGGUUCCGGGAUUGACAGGGCCACCAUGCGAGAGAGAAGCCAGAUUCAAGCCAAGAAAGUUGAAAAUAAACAUGCUGGACAAGAAUCGAAAGGAGCUGCUCCAUUCAAAGAGAAAACGGAAGGUAGAGAAAACGGAAGGAAGUUAAUCAAAGGAUCAGCUGGCCAUGCUCAGCCAAAGGAAUCAGACAGAAAACUCAACGGAGGGGCACCGGUUGUUAACUUACUGAGAUUGUCCAAAAUAGUGAAAACUAAUAUGCUGAAGGAGACUGAGAAUGAUACUUAUCGACAGCAGUCCAAAGCGAAUGGAGCUUCUGAUGAUACCGACGUUACUUUAGAGAACCACGACUUGGAGCUCAACUUUGGUGAAGGAGCUGAAAGUGAUACUACAGAAGAGGAGGAUGACUCUGGUAGCAAUGCUGCUAACCCAAUUGAUUCAGCAGAGGAAAAAGACCUUCAGAAAGUCUCCUCCAAGACUACCCACGCUCAACCUGCUAAAGUAGAGAACACCAAAGCUAACACUGGAGCUGAGGAGCAUUUGCCAGUUACUCCUUCACCAUCUGAAACUAAUGGUAGGUCGGAGAACCAACUCAUGACGCCAGCCGAAAUUGAAGGAAAACAGUUGGAUACAAUGCGUCAGGUAGCAGCAACUCCACCAAACGUGGGUAUCCCUAGGAAAGCAUCUCAGCGUGGUACUGAGGAACCCAAGAAGGAGCCCACCCCUGCACCAAAUCCUGCUAGACCUUCAGUAGUGCUUUCCCAGUCACUUUGGCACCCAUCAGAUCUUUCUGUGAGACCAAUUAUGCUGAAUCGGCGGAUAGAGAAGGUUCCGGAAUCAAACUUCGACUCACGAAUGCUGCCUGUCGAACGACUGACCUCUUCUGAGUUUGUGAAGAUGGAAUCAGAGCAGCAGGAUGCUUUCCUGAAUAAGAUCAUGACUAAUAUUCAUGGAAGUUCAGUUAAUGAGAAGAUUAAUACAUUAAAAUAUCUCGAGACACUUUGUACCAAUAUUGAUGCAGCUAAUGUAUUAAUCAACGGUCCAGUUAUGCCCUUGCUGGUGAAACUGUUGCGCACCAUCAAACUUCCAGCCCUGCGUGUACAACUGACUUCUGUUAUGGGUCUACUUAUCCGGCAUGCCACGCUCAUUGAGGAGGAGCUGGCAGGUUCAGGGAUCGUAGCAGUUUUGACAGACACUUUACGAGACAAGCAGGACAAGGUAAGGCGCUGUGCAAUGGCAACACUUGGAGAGCUUUUAUUUUACAUUGCAACUCAAAAUGAAGGUUCUCCCAGAGCUGGUGGUGGUCAUGACAAUUCUGCUAAGGACGUUAAAUCCUCAGCAUGGCAGAUUCCAGGUACAACCGUUGCACUGGUGGCUUCCAUACUUCGAAAGGGUGAAGAUGAUGUCACUCAGCACUAUGCAUUGAAGACUAUAGAAAAUAUAGCAAGCCAAGGUGGAGAGUGGGCUCAACGCUUUACGAAUAAUGAAGUUAUCGACAAUCUUUGUUACACAUUCAGGGCAUCAGCUAAACCUGAAAACCUCAGGGCAACAGCAGGUUCUUGUUUAGUUCGGUUGGUGCGCUUUCAGCCAACCACGAUUCCUGUUGUUCUUGAAAAGCUCACUUUUAAGGAACUUGUGGGAGGACUUGCCAGAGGGAGUCCACGCGAGCAACAAGUCAACAUCAAUCUCCUCAACAUGGCCCUUGUAGGUAGUAGUGUUAUCUCCAACAUGAGCAAGUAUCUCCUCGCUCUUUUGGAGGAGAGGAGCCUAGUGCCUAGUGUAGUUGCAAUGCUGGAGCAGGGUCCAGAAAUACUGCGUGGCAAGGCCUUCGUAUGUGCUGCGCUCCUGUGCAAAAUCAACCGUCGGUGGCUUCCUUCUCUCUGCAACGCCAAGCUGAUUCCUGCAGUAGAGAGGCUAACUAAGGAGAAGGACUUAUACGUACUGCAAUGCAUGGAGGCCUUGGUGCAAACUGUUGUCAGCGUGGUUCCUUCUAUAUUGGAAAGUAUAAAUACAGAUAUUAUCCAGUUGGCUAGUGGAAGACGAACUCCAGGACCUGGGUCGUCACCCGCCCGUGGGACACUGAGAAGUUCUCUCCCAAUGUUUCCGGUGGUAUUGAAUUUGAUGAAUAGUCCCACUUUCAGAAAUCGUAUGGUAGACGAGAAUGUGUUGGAGAGAUUGGCGUCCUUUCUCAAGCGGCUGGAGACUUCUUCUUUUCAGGGACAGGAUGAAUUCCAGUCUACGCUUUUGCAAAUAGUGGAGGUUCUAUCUCAGCAGUCAACCACAUUGUUGGCUCACCCUGAUACAUUCAUAGCCAGAGUAUUACCUAGCCUUGCUGUCCUUUAUGAGAAGAAUACCGAUGGAGACAUGCGGUUUCUUUGUCUCAAAGUAUUCUUCGAUAUAUUAGUUGUAUUUCUUGAUGAUAUCUCAUCUACCAACAUUACCGGGGACCAUCAGUCGUCAACAACCGCAUCGGGUGCGCUCAGAAGAGAGAAGCUUGAAGUCAUCGUCAAGCAGCACUUCCUACCCAUGUAUCCAAUCCUUCUGCAGGACGAAGAUCCUUUACCCAUGUAUGCUCAAAAGCUUCUGGUUAUGCUGCUUGACCUCAAAUGCAUCCAGGUUGAAGACAUCCUGCAGCUCAAGCUGAUUUCUCAGUUCUUUGAAUUCUUGCAAAGUGAUCUGGCCAGCAUUAAUCUUCACAACGUGCGACUUUGUUUGUACUUGGCAUCUUCACCUAAAGUUGAUUCCAAGUUGCUGUCCGACCUUCGCAUUGUGAGCCAUGUUGGAGGUCUAUUAGAUUUUGUGCAUGCUAAAGGCAUGCAGGACUUCCUCGAUCCGGUCCUGUCAUUGUGUCGAUACUUCCUCAUUCGGAAUGUAGGGGACAGCCUCGAGUUUAGUAGCGGCAAUGGAACUUGUGCAACUGCUGUUAAUGCAGGGGAUCGCACUGGAUCAGCUAUACAGGACAUUGGAGACAUGGGACAGCAUGCUGGCAUCUUUUUGGAGCUUUGUGGAAGCCGAGAACCGCAAGUUACAGAGGCAGCAGCUGACUGUCUAGCUUUGUUGCUCAAGGUUGCGCCUCGAUCAGCAGCAGCACCCAUAUUUUCUACCAUGGGGCGCUUUGCGGACUUGUUGGAAACCUGUGCCCAGUCUCAUGCUCCGACUUUAUGUGCUAAACUUCAAAGCCAACUACUGUUUGCUAUCUCAGCUUCCUGCAAAGAGCUACGAGAAGCCCACGCGCGGAAUCAACCUCUUCGAGGUCGUCCUUCAAGUAGUGACUUGGCAGCGCUUGAGAAUGCUAUUGCGCGUUUACGUAAAUCUAGCACUGCACAAGUAGCAGAAGCUGCUGCUAGUGCUGCCUUCGAGUUGCAGCGCUUACCUUAACAGUGCGUACAUGCUCGACAUCAACCAAGUCGGGAUUUCAAGUGUAGAUGUGCACGACCUCGAGAGACGUUUCCAACAUUGUCCAGAGUUAACAACUUCAAGAAGACAUGUUUAUUGCAGUCCACCAGGUUUCUACAAGGGUGCAAGACAAUUAGAGUAGGUGAUGGAUCCGGUUUACAGAUUUACUUUCCUAGGGUAAUGUGCAAUGGGAUUGGAGUUUGCGUUUGACUGAAAAAUGGUAAUCUUAUAAUUACUUAAUGAUCGAAUUGCGACAAUGCUUCUGUCUACAUUUCAGUUACAUGGACAAUUGAAUGAAA